AAUUCUAGCUUCGUGGGCUAACUCUAUGUCUUACAUGUCAGUAUCACAUCGGAUCUCUCUCCCGCUGGGACUGCGAGCCGGUGAGCCCAGUGGUGGAAUCACGGCAGCCAAAACCUCGCAGGUGACAGUGACAACGUCGUAAAACCGCCCGUGCUCGUCGUCCACGUCCAGGCCGCAAGCCUAGCAAACGCCGCCAAAACGAUGCGAUCCAACGUGCCGUGGCGACCAGUUUCCCCGUCCUCCCCACGGCGCACGCCCCCAAAGACGAGGUGAGUCGAGGCCACCCGCACCCACCACGGCACGGCACGCCUCCCACAGCCCCACUCCCACGCACCGCGCGGGCAUCAUCUCCGUCCGAUUCCGCCGCGCGCCCGCCACUGCGCCCCACGCCUUUUAGUUGGCCGUUUAUCGCACCCGCCUCCGCCUUUUACAACCCCCCCCCCCCCCCCGCACUCGAUCGGCUCCGCACGCCCCCGCAUCGCCAUUCUCCAGCCUCCGACCUCGCCACACUCGCCUCCCCCUUGUGAUCGCGCGAACCCUAGAUCCCCCGCCAUGUCCAAGGCCUGGGGCGGCCUAGGCGGCGCCGGCGCCUGGGCGCUGGACGCCGAGCGCGCCGAGGAGGAGGAGCGUGAGGCCGCCGCGGCCCCGGCACCGGCACCCGCAGCGGGCUUCCCCUGCCUCAGCGAGGCUGCCGCGGGCGGCGCUGGCGCCGGCAAGUCGAAGAAGAAGAAGAACAAGGGGACCACGCUCUCGCUCUCGGAGUUCGCCGGGUACGGGUCCGGGCGGCGGGCGGCGCCGGCGCCGGAGCCCAGGGGGCUGACCACGCAGGAGAUGAUGAUGCUACCCACCGGACCGAGGGAGCUGUCCGCGGACGAGCUCGACCGGUCCUGCCUCGGCGGCGGCUUCCGCUCCUACGGCUCCGGGGACCGCGGCGGCGGCGGUGGAUUCGACGACGACGGGCGCCGCGCGCCACCGGGCAGGGGCUCGGAUCUCGACAUGCGCUCCCGCGCCGACGAGGAUCGCGACUGGUCAAUGAGCAAGAAGUCGUUCUCGCCGUCGCUCGCCGACCACGGGCCGCGGGGUCGGUACGGUGCCCUCGGGGGCGGCGCACCCGCCUCCGUCGGUUGCGCCGACGAAGACGGUGACUGGUCGCGCGGGAAGAAGCCGCUGCCGUCAGGCCCGUCGCGCUACCCGAGCCUAGGCUCCGUCGGUGGCUUCCGCGACUCGCCUGGCUCGACCGACUCCUCCGACCGCUGGUCCCGUGCCGCGCCGAGCAAUGGCGAGCGUGAGAGGCCUCGAAUCGUGCUCGAUCCGCCCAAGCGCGACGCCUCGACCACCCCUACGCCACUUGCUGAGGUGGGACACAGCCGACCGAGCCCAUUUGGGGCCGCGAGGCCCCGGGAGGACGUGCUGGCCGAUAAAGGGCUGGACUGGAAGAAGAUGGACACUGAGAUUGAUCAGAAGAAGACUAGCCGUCCCACCAGCUCACAGUCGAGCAGGCCAGGGAGUGCCCACUCGUCACGACCAGGGAGCCCCGGGUCACAAGUAUCGGCUGUGGGAAGUGAAGGUGUGCCGGUGGCGCGGUCAAAGGUGAAUCCUUUCGGGGAUGCGAAGCCCAGGGAGGUGGUUCUGCAGGAGAAAGGGAAGGACUGGAGGAAGAUCGACGUAGAGCUGGAGCAUCGGCGUAUUGAUAGACCAGAGACAAAUGAAGAAAGGGUAUUGAAAGAAGAUAUCAACCUACUUAAGUUGGAACUAAAUGAAAGUGAAGCCAAGAUAAGUGAUGAUGAUGCAAAAAGUUUGGCCGAGAAGAUAACUCAGAUGGAAAAGCAGCUGGAGCUUCUUACAAUUGAGUUGGAUGACAAGAUCAGAUUUUCGCAAAGACCUGGUUCUGGAGCAGGCAGGGUUACAUCAUCACCGCCAACUAAUUUUGCAGAUGAAUCCCAAAUAAAAGAGCCCAUGGAAAGGCCACGUUCCCGCAGCAGCAUAGAGCAAUAUCCAAAACCAACUGAAGAAAGAUGGGGAUUUCAGGGGAGCAGAGAUAGAGGCUCAUUUGGUGGCAACAGAAGUUCAGAGAGAUCGUCGGCAGGACAGAGAUGAUGAGACUCUACAGUCAGAUUUUCCUCUUCGUUUCUGAACAGUGGACAAAUAAGUUGUGACGUUCUUCUUGCUGCUUGAUUCCCAUUUUGUUUGGCUUGGAAGUGUGGAGAGGCUGUUAAUUACCACCCAUAUGAUGGUUCUUCU